UCCUGGAAGCUUAUCAUAACGCGUCUUCGAAGGUGUAUUCAAGUAGCACCUUCAGCUCGACCUGUGUUUUUGUGGGCACCAUAAAUCUUAGUUUAUACUGACGUCAGAUCAACAGACCUUGACUUAAGCGCCUUUGCAAAGCUUGAAAACCGAACAGAAAGUGACACUCGGGAUGCCGCGUAAAGCACUUCAUUUACUGCAGUAAAUACUUUCAGACAGGGACAGUCAUCAGGAGGGAACCUGGACCAACUCUUUUGCUGCACUUAGGUCAUACUCCUUCAGUCCCUCAACUGUGGACCAGUACAGUCUACGAUUUGGAGACGGAUUCAGUGCGCAAUAUGGAAAGCCCCCUGGGCUGAGGAAGAUUGGCAGUUUUCUCUUUCUCUAUACGCAAGUAAUGGUUUAGGGAGAUGCUAGAUCUGGUGACCGCAUACAACAGAACUGCAGAAGCCCUGAGCCCCGUCCACUGGAAACAGAGUUUGCCGACGACCAGCGCGUUUCCCUCGGCCCUCCAUGGCUCAGGUAAGCUGAAGGCGAGUAACUUGAGUGACAGAGUCGCGACAGGAACCAACUACGCUUCAGAGCCAGGUGACAUUUGGGUCUCCACAUUAGACUCCACCUUCCACCCCACCCAUAUUUCCAAGUCAGCUGGUGUAAACUUAGCCAUGGCAGCGUAUGGUCAGACGCAGUACAGCCCGGCUAUCCAACCCGCCGGGCCCUACACACCCUACCCCCACCACACACAGGGCUACAGCAUGCCCUACAACAUCAAGACGGAGGACGGCCUGGGCCACUCUCCGGGACAGAACGGCCUGCUGGGAUACCCGUCGAACUUCAGCAGCACGCCGCCGAGCCAGGCCCUGUACAGCUACUCCUCGCACGGCAGCAGCAUUUCAUCUGGAAUUUUCCAGGGAGCCAAUGGGAUCACUAGUUCUACGCCUUUCAGCCCCUCCCAGCAGGAUUUCACAGCUUACUCUGCCUACAGCCAAAGCCAGUACCCUCCUUACUACAGCUCACACUACAACAACCCUUACCUCACAGCCAGCAACGUCAGCCCCACUGCCAUAACUACUGCAAUACCCUAUCAGCAUCCAGACCACGCCCCCGUGGUCACUAACCACAGUCCAGAGUCACUGGCAGGAGAGUACCACCCACCUCCCAGCCCCCCCACUCCAGGCAAAGAGCAGGAAGGAGUCCCCGCCCGCCGAGGCUCUGAUGGCAAACUGAGGGGGAGGAAGAGAACGAGUGACCCAGCACCUCCCCUGGACUCCGACAUUGAGCGCGUGUUCGUGUGGGACCUGGACGAGACCAUCAUCAUUUUCCACUCCUUGCUCACUGGCACGUUCUCCACGCGUUUUGGCAAGGACUCUGCAAAGGCCGUGUCCCUGGGCUUGUGGAUGGAAGAGAUGAUCUUCAAUUUAGCUGACUCACGGCUCUUCUUCAACGAUCUGGAGGAAUGCGACCAAGUUCAUAUUGACGACGUGGCGUCGGAUGACAAUGGGCAGGAUUUGAGCACCUACAACUUUGGUGCAGAUGGUUUCCAGAGCCCAGCAGGGGGCGCUACAUUAUGCCUGGGAUCGGGGGUUCACGGAGGCGUGGACUGGAUGAGGAAACUGGCAUUCCGGUACCGCCGGGUCAAGGAGAUGUAUAACACCUACAAGAACAACGUCGGAGGCUUGCUGGGCAGUCCGAAGAGGGAGGAGUGGCUUCAGCUGCGCAGAGAGAUGGAGGUUUUGACAGACCUGUGGCUCACGCAGGCAGUCAAGGCCUUGGCCCUCAUCAACUCCAGGCCAAAUUGUGUGAAUGUGCUGGUCACCACCACCCAGCUCAUUCCAGCCUUGUCCAAAGUUCUCCUGUACGGCCUGGGCACGGCUUUUCCCAUUGAGAACAUCUAUAGCGCCACCAAGACAGGAAAGGAGAGCUGCUUUGAGCGGGUGACGCAGCGGUUCGGUCGGAGGGCCGUGUACGUGGUGGUGGGUGAUGGCGUUGAGGAGGAGACUGUUGCCAAGAAGAAAAAUAUGCCAUUCUGGAGGGUGUCGUGCAGAGCUGACUUGGAGGCCCUUAGCCAUGCACUGGAGCUCGACUACCUCUAGGGGGCAAUGGCUGCCCUACCUCCACUUACUUUUCCUGUCCCUGUCCUUGUAGCCUAGCAGUCAAACAGUUGGGCUCACUGUAAGCCACAACACUAAGUCAAGAGAAAGGGGACCAAUCUUUGUAUCAGCAGGGAAUUACGAUUUUACUGGAAAUUCCACUGGGGCCACAAUGCAACAAGUGAGACGAUUCAAGGCAAAAAAAAAAAAAAAAGACUUCUUCUGAGGGAAACACAUCUUGCAUUGAACUUGAGAACAUUGUACUGAAAAGGGACCUUAGAUGGGAAUGAUCACUUUUUUUGUUUUUCUUUUUUUUUGCGUGAAAUGAAUCCUUGAUGAUACGGUUAACACAGGAAGCAGGUUUUUUUUCUUAUAGAAGACAACGGGACUUCAGAAGGUUAGUCAAUCAAGGCUUGUUCUUUACUGAGGCCAAUAUAAAAGGACUCUGAUCCGGGUCGCAAGAUUGGCAUUCAUCUUGUUCAGCCCUGAUAACAACUGUUUUGCAGGAUCGAUGACUUUGGGAAAUGUGAUGUGGGCAACAUAUAACUGUACUAAAAACUCAUAGAUACUGUUAAAUUACUUUGAUAAUAGAGGGGUCUGGGGUUUGCUAUAGUUUAGGGAGAUGUAGGAAUAACCUAUGGAUUUUUUUCCAUUUCAUGUGAUUCAUUUUUAAACCUGUAAGACAGACAUAUCAGAGGAAGUGAAGGAAGUGUUUUGUGUUGACGUUCCUAUCAUUGCAGGACAUCAAGCCAGGACAUAGGCAACUCAUAAAUGGGCUCUAUAGAGAUGAUCAAAUACAUGGAAAAGGGUGUAAAAAUCUGAAAUGUUUUGACACUUACAUGGUUUAUAUUACGUUAGGUAAUUUAUAAGAAUAUUAUUCAAUUAAUGAUCACUACAACAUCUCAUAACAGUCAGUUUCAAUCUUGAAUACAUUUAAUGAAAAAAGUAGACUGUCAGUGAUCCUUAAUUGGGUUAUGGUAAAAGAAACAGAUGGUGCCAAAACACUACUGGGUGUUAGGCUAUAAUUUCUUACUUUUUCCUUUGUCUUCGCUCAACUCGGUGGAAUCCUUCUAGAUGACAAGCAGGCAUCCCUUGAAAAUGCACAGCAGUACAGAUCAAGCCCAUUGGACCGCAUACGCAGUACGUGUUGAAUGACAGAACAGUUGUUUAAUUGCGCUUUUCAGUAUGAAAUCUGUGUUCACAAUCAUCUCAGGGCCAAGGCCCAAACUGUGUCUGACAGGAUGAAAAGUGUGUAGAGUCUCAAGUCAAGAGGGUCAGUCUCUGCAACAAGUCAUUCCAGCUCUCAGUCAAAAUCUACGACUAAUAUGUCUCAUUCUUUCUGCAUCGACCCUCGACUGUGGGUGCACCCUUAGCUGCUCACUGGGACAAUCACUUAAUUUAUGAAAUAUUCUUUUUUUUCUCCCUGGGAGGCCUCCUCAGCACUAGGAAAUGUGUUGAAAGUAAAGACUGUAAAGUAUGGACAUUUGGAUCCUCUGUAAACGCUGGGCAUCAGUGUCAAAAAUU